AUGGCCUUCUUCAGCACAUUCUCCCUCCUAGCCCUUGCACUAUCUGCCAUUGCUGCUCCCAUUGAAGAGCGUGCGGCUGCCUGUACUGCCUACACUCUCAUCGAUACUCGUGGCACCGGCGAGGCCCAAGGCCCGUCGGCCGGCUUCCGUACGAUGAACUCCAAUAUCCGCUCGCAGAUUCCUGGAGGCACUGAGUACGACACCGUUUACCCAGCAGGCUCCAACCAAGACUCCUCCGCCGGUACUCAAGAUAUCGUCAACCACAUCAACUCGGGACUUGCCUCUAACCCGAACAUGUGCUUCAUCCUGGAAGGCUACUCUCAGGGGGCUGCCGCGACCGUCAACGCCCUCCCCAAAAUCACUGGCGCCGCUUUCACCGCAGUCCGCGGCGUGUUUCUGAUCGGCAACCCAGAGCACAAAGCUGGCCUCGCGUGCAAUGUUGAUGCAAACGGCGGCACUACGACGCUCAACGUCAACGGCCUUUCGGCUUACGGCUCGAAUGGCAUCCCGAGCAACUGGGUGUCCAAGACGCUCGAUGUUUGUGCUUUUGGGGACGGCGUCUGCGACACCAAAGAUGGAUAUGGCAUCAACGCUCAGCAUCUAUCUUAUCCAUCGUCAACGAGUGUCCAGAAUCUGGGGACUACAUUCGUGGAAGGCAAGCUUAAGGGCACUUCUUGA